UAGCUGCGAGUGAUCUGCGUAUUGCGUAGUAGCGUACAAGAUUUAAUUUUCAGAUAGUGAAGUAUUCCUUGCGAAAAUUUUUAGUGAAAUUGUAUUUAGUUUCGUCGGCAGGGUGUUAAGUAAAAUUAUAAAAAAAGUUUCAAGUAAUUGCAUGCUGCUGUGUGAGGAAAACUCUCCCCGUUUCAAGGACGAUUUUAUGUGCAAAAUCACGUAUGAUUACGCAUCCGGUUAUGAGGAGUCUUCUCGAUUCUACGGAGCGAAAUUGGAAGAAAGCUAUAGAAAUUUACCGUUAAUAAGCGCGACCGAAACUCGCGACGAAUUCAUCUAUGACGAAUCACCAUUGUAUGUAGGGCCCCGAGAGAUUGUUCUGCAAAAAUGUCAUCAGUCGAAACCGCUACCUUUCGAAGAAUGUUACCCCAAGAGUUUACUUCAAAAUUGUCACAAAAUUGGCGAAGGUAUCUAUGGCGAGGUAUUUUUAUACAAAAACAAAGAUGGAGGUACUACAGUCAUGAAAGUGAUACCCAUAGAGGGUAUCCAAAUGGUUAAUGGAGAUUGCCAAAGAAAAUUUGAAGAUUUGCUCUCAGAAAUUAUCAUUGCCAAGAAAUUGAGCAAUUUGAGAUUCACUAGGGAGAAUCAAACUGAUGGAUUUGUACAACUUCAAAAGGUGAGGUGUGUUCAAGGUCGCUACCCUGAGGAACUUCUGGAGUUAUGGGAACUUUUUGAUGAGACUAGGGGUUCAGAAAAUGAUUCCCCUAUAAUGUUCCAGGAUGAUCAGCUUUAUAUUGUAUUUGAAUCUAGUUAUGGAGGCACUGAUUUGGAGUCAUUUCUUUUUGAUGAUGCCUCCCAAGCUUUUUCUGUGAUCACACAGGUUGCUUUGACUUUGGCUGUUGCUGAAGAAGAACUUCAGUUUGAGCACCGUGAUCUGCAUUGGGGCAAUGUACUUGUGUCCAGAGUUCCGAAAGAUAAGACAAUAAAGUACAAACUAGAUGGGCAAGACAUCAUGAUAAAAUCUUAUGGAGUCCAAGCAUCCAUCAUUGAUUUCAAUAUGUCCCGUGUUGAGUGCAGUGGCGCUAUUAUAUUCAAUGACAUCGGCCGGGAUUUAGGAUACUUCAAUACUACUGGUGAUUACCAGUUCGAAAUAUACCGGUUGAUGCAAGAAAAAAAUGGAAACGAGUGGCGCCAUUUCGAGCCUUAUAGUAAUAUUCUGUGGCUCAGCUAUAUUCUGGACAAAGUUAUUACAUCUUUGCAUUACAAACAUGGUGGUAAAAAGCACAAGCAAUACAUAUCGAAAAUGACAGAGUUAAAUCUGGAUAUCUUGGGCUACAAGAGUGCCCAUGAUUUAGUUGUUAAAAUAUUCAGAGAUAACGAUAUUUGAUAUUUUUAUAUAUUGCUAGAAACGAUACAGCAAAAUUCGUUUCAUCAUUUUUAAAAUAGUAGUAAUAUAUUUUUUACUUGGA